CCACCACACUAGCAGCAGCAGCAGCACUCUCCCACCGUGCUGCACACACAUGCUCUGCAGACUGCCAGGCGCUGAGUGCUGCUCUCUCUGCAGCUCCCUAUGCUGCUGACUUCUACUGGACGUAAGAAAGGUCACUACUGCUCCUGUGUUACCCCACGCCGUGUGCAGCCCCCCAGCCACUGCGGGUGAUUGUGUCCUCGUCUGUGCCACACAGGACACCUUAUCAGACAGACAGAAGCAGCCCACUGACAGUGCUGUGCGGGUCUCCUGCCUGGUGGCAGGCAAGCAUCGGAGGAGGGAACCAGCGAGAUCUUGCCCAUGCAACAAUUCUACCAGGAAGGUGUUUGACUGGAACCGAGGCUCCUCUGCAAAAAGCCUGCUGCAAUACAAGGUGCUGCUAAGUGUAAGGAAGGAGGGGACAGGAGCCCCGGCUGCGGGAAGAUGGCCUCUCCCACCUCUGCCCCCUCUACGCCAGGGAGUAGCAUGUCUCCCCCUAUGCCUCCAAAGAUACGCCAGAAAACAAGCUUGUAGCAUAUAUUCCAAAUGCCAAAUCAUUUCCAAACUGUUAAGCAUUUCUUCUUUUACAACGUGGAGGCAUUUUUAUGAUCAUUUCUUUUGUAAGUAGCUGAUGAGGGAUAUGAAGAUUUAAUUUAUAUGACCACCAUGCUGCAAAAGUCAGACAGCAAUACCAGCUUCCUCAAAGCCGCUAGAUCUGGCAAUUUGGACAAAGUACUGGAAUAUCUAAAAGGUGGAGUGGACAUCAAUACUUGUAAUCAGAAUGGACUCAAUGCUUUACACCUCGCUGCCAAAGAGGGACAUCUCUAUCUUGUGCAUGAAUUGCUGGAAAGAGGAUCCUCGGUGGAUUCUGCAACUAAGAAAGGGAACACAGCGCUACACAUUGCAUCAUUGGCGGGGCAGGUAGAAGUUGUCAAGACUCUGAUCAAGCAAGGAGCCAGUAUCAAUGCCCAGUCUCAGAAUGGAUUUACCCCUCUCUACAUGGCUGCACAAGAGAACCACCUUGAAGUAGUGAAAUAUUUGCUUGAAAAUGGGGCCAAUCAGAGCACUGCAACAGAGGACGGCUUCACUCCACUGGCUGUUGCGCUACAGCAAGGACACAACAUGGUGGUAGCAAUUCUCUUGGAGAACGAUACAAAAGGAAAGGUUAGACUGCCAGCUCUGCACAUUGCUGCCAGAAAGGAUGACACAAAGUCUGCAGCCCUCUUGCUUCAGAAUGAUCACAAUGCCGAUGUGCAGUCAAAGAUGAUGGUGAAUAGGACGACAGAGAGUGGCUUCACACCGUUACACAUUGCUGCACACUAUGGAAAUGUAAAUGUCGCCACGCUUUUACUCAACAGAGGAGCCGCAGUGGAUUUUACAGCAAGAAAUGGGAUUACCCCCUUGCACGUGGCAUCCAAAAGAGGAAAUACAAAUAUGGUGAAGUUAUUGCUAGACCGUGGAGGCCAAAUUGAUGCCAAAACCAGGGAUGGACUUACACCACUACACUGUGCAGCACGGAGUGGACAUGACCCAGCUGUGGAGCUGCUUCUAGAGAGAGGAGCACCACUUCUUGCAAGAACAAAGAAUGGACUGUCCCCACUUCACAUGGCUGCUCAAGGGGACCACGUGGACUGUGUGAAACACCUACUGCAGCACAAGGCCCCUGUGGAUGAUGUCACCCUGGAUUAUCUGACCGCCUUGCAUGUUGCAGCACAUUGUGGGCACUACCGAGUAACCAAACUUCUCCUUGACAAGAGGGCAAACCCUAAUGCCCGUGCCCUGAAUGGUUUUACUCCAUUGCACAUUGCCUGCAAGAAAAACCGUAUCAAAGUUAUGGAACUGCUAGUGAAAUAUGGGGCUUCAAUCCAGGCUAUAACUGAGUCUGGUCUCACUCCAAUACAUGUGGCUGCAUUCAUGGGCCACUUGAACAUAGUCCUCCUUCUGCUGCAGAAUGGAGCCUCUCCAGAUGUCACUAACAUUCGUGGGGAGACGGCUCUGCACAUGGCUGCCCGUGCUGGACAGGUUGAAGUUGUCCGCUGCCUUCUCAGAAAUGGUGCCCUGGUGGAUGCCAGAGCCAGGGAAGAGCAGACACCGCUCCAUAUAGCCUCUCGUUUAGGCAAAACGGAAAUUGUCCAGCUGUUACUCCAACACAUGGCCCAUCCAGAUGCUGCUACUACCAAUGGCUACACCCCUCUUCAUAUCUCUGCUAGGGAGGGACAGCUGGAUGUAGCAUCAGUCUUGCUGGAAGCUGGAGCUGCUCACUCCUUGCCUACCAAGAAGGGAUUUACACCACUGCAUGUGGCCGCUAAGUAUGGAAGCCUAGACUUGGCAAAACUCCUGCUGCAACGCCGCGCACCGCCAGACUCUGCCGGCAAGAAUGGGCUCACACCACUCCAUGUUGCUGCUCACUAUGACAACCAGAAGGUGGCGAUGUUGCUCCUGGAAAAGGGUGCUUCUCCUCAUGUCUCAGCUAAGAAUGGUUAUACGCCGUUACACAUAGCUGCCAAAAAAAACCAGAUGCAAAUAGCCACCACCCUACUACACUACGGAGCGGAGACCAACAUUCUGACCAAGCAAGGGGUCACCCCACUCCACCUAGCAGCCCAGGAGGGCCAUGCCGAUAUGGUGACACUUCUGAUGAACAAAGAAGCAAAUAUUCAUGUGGGAACAAAGAAUGGGCUGACUCCAUUGCACCUUGCAGCCCAGGAGGACAAGGUGAAUGUAGCUGACAUACUUGCAAAGAAAGGGGCCAAUCUGGAUGCUCAGACUAAGCUGGGUUACACACCACUAAUUGUAGCCUGUCACUAUGGGAACAUUAAGAUGGUGAACUUCCUUCUGACGCGUGGUGCUGGUGUCACUGCUAAAACAAAGAAUGGCUAUACACCUUUGCAUCAAGCUGCUCAGCAAGGACAUACCCACAUUAUAAAUGUUCUACUCCAACAUGGAGCCAAGCCAAAUGCUACUACUGCGAAUGGCAACACUGCUCUUGCCAUUGCCAGACGCCUGGGAUACAUCUCUGUGGUGGAUACACUGAAAGUUGUCACUGAGGAGAUUAUCACAACGACAACUACUGUGACAGAGAAGCACAAGCUGAAUGUGCCAGAGACAAUGACUGAGGUACUGGACGUGUCAGAUGAAGAAGCAUAUAAAUUAUUUGCUGAUGAGCUCUUGUCCGAUGAAGAACUUCUAGGAAUGCAAGAUGAUACAAUGACCGGUGAUGGUGGAGAGUAUCUGCGGGCUGAAGACUUGAAGGAACUGGGAGAUGAUUCUUUACCAAGCAGUCAAUUUCUGGAUGGCAUGUCCUACCUGAGGUACAGCUUGGAGGGCGGACGCUCAGACAGCAGCACUAUGCCUAGCCUGCGAUCCUUCAGUUCAGACAGGUCCCACAUGAUGAAUCAUCCGUCUUACCCCCGGGGCAGUACCUUGAUAGACGACACUGUUAUCAUACCUCAUGACCAGAUUUCGUAUUUGACAAAAACAGAGCAGAACUCUUAUCGCCUCAGCUGGGGAACUGACAACCUAGACAAUGUGGCACUCUCCUCUAGUCCGAUCCAUUCUGGCCACAUGUCUCCUUGUCUUGAUCGAGACCAUAGCAGUUUCCUAGUUAGCUUCAUGGUGGAUGCUCGUGGAGGUGCCAUGAGAGGCUGCAGGCAUAAUGGACUAAGAAUAAUUAUCCCCCCUCGGAAGUGCACUGCCCCUACAAGAGUGACCUGUCGUUUGGUGAAGCGCCACCGAUUGGCCACUAUGCCGCCCAUGGUGGAAGGGGAAGGUCUGGCCAGUCGCCUUAUAGAAGUUGGCCCUUCUGGAGCUCAGUUCCUUGGUAAACUCCACCUUCCUACGGCUCCUCCCCCUCUAAAUGAGGGAGAAAGCUUGGUCAGCCGAAUCCUUCAACUCGGACCUCCUGGGACCAAAUUCCUUGGGCCUGUGAUUGUGGAGAUUCCUCAUUUUGCUGCUCUACGUGGCAAAGAACGAGAGCUUGUGAUACUGCGCAGCGAGACUGGCGACAACUGGAAAGAGCACUUCUGUGAAUUCACAGAGGAUGAACUUAAUGAGAUACUUAAUGGAAUGGAUGAAGUCCUUGACUCUCCUGAAGAGCUGGAAAAAAAGCGCAUCUGUCGCAUUAUCACCCGAGACUUCCCGCAGUAUUUUGCAGUGGUUUCCCGUGUUAAACAGGACAACAACCUGAUUGGACCUGAAGGAGGAAUUCUGAGCAGCACUGUGGUCCCCCAAGUCCAGGCUGUCUUCCCAGAAGGAGCCCUUACUAAGAGAAUCCGUGUCGGCCUUCAGGCCCAGCCAAUGCACACUGAACUUGUAAAGAAGAUAUUAGGCAACAAAGCUACUUUCAGUCCUAUUGUGACUUUGGAACCAAGAAGAAGGAAAUUCCACAAACCUAUAACAAUGACAAUCCCUGUACCUAAAACUUCCAGUGAGGCAAUGCUGAAUGGAUAUGGUGGCGAUGCACCUACGCUGAGAUUACUAUGCAGUAUAACUGGUGGUACAACUCCUGCACAAUGGGAGGACAUCACCGGGACAACACCUCUUACAUUCGUUAAUGAAUGUGUUUCCUUUACUACUAAUGUGUCUGCCAGGUUCUGGUUAAUAGACUGCCGACAAAUCCAAGAGUCUGUUGCCUUUGCUAGCCAAGUAUACAGAGAAAUAAUUUGUGUGCCCUAUAUGGCCAAGUUUGUUAUCUUUGCCAAAUCCCAUGACCCCAUUGAGGCACGCCUGCGGUGCUUCUGUAUGACUGAUGACAAGGUGGACAAGACUCUGGAGCAGCAGGAAAACUUUGCAGAAGUUGCCAGGAGUCGGGAUGUAGAGGUCCUGGAAGGAAAACCAAUCUACGUAGACUGCUUUGGCAACAUAGUACCGUUAAUAAAGAGUGGCCAACAUCAUAUAUUUAGUUUCUAUGCCUUUAAAGAAAACAGACUUCCAUUAUUUGUCAAGGUACGAGACACAACGCAAGAACCUUGUGGACGCCUGUCUUUCAUGAAGGAGCCAAAAUCUACUAGAGGCCUUGUGCACCAAGCCAUUUGUAAUCUAAAUAUAACAUUGCCGCUUUAUAAUAAGGAAUAUGAAUCAGAUCAAGAACUUGAAGAUGAGGAAAACCUUGCAUCUGAUAAAAAUGAUGAAGAGACGGAAUCCACAGAAACAUCCAUCCUGAAAAGCCAUCUUGUCAAUGGUGAACCAGUGUUAGCAAGUCCAGAUUUACUAUCUGAAGUGUGUGACAUGAAACAAGAUCUUAUUAAAAUGACCGCAAUUCUAACCACUGAUGUCCCUCAAAAGCCAAGUUGCCUCAAAACAAAACUCAUUGAAAAAUCAGAAGAAGAACCUGGAGAACCAUUUGAAAUUGUUGAAAAGGUAAAAGAAGAUUUGGAAAAAGUGAAUGAAAUUCUUAGAACUGGAACCUACCCUAGAGAAGAAUUAUUAUAUGAAACACCUCACUCUUCAAGGUCAUAUGAAAAAGAAGAGGAAUGGGUUAUUGUAGGGAAUGAUGAAGUUGAGGAAGCUAAACUAAGUGCACUUCUUCAUGCUGACGAAAUACCAUGUAUAGAAAUAAGAAUAGACAGAGGUGAAAAACCAAAGAUAAAAUCAGACAUGAAUGAAAUGGUGAGUUAUCUAACUAAUGACCUAAACUCAUAUCCAUCUGAUACAUUUACUACUCAUGAAAGUGGAACACAGAAAAAAGAUCAACGUAAACUCCCAAUUGAAAUCAAAAAGCCUGUGCGUAGGAAACUUAAGGAAAGACAAAGGGAAGAAGAGCUCCAAGGUAUGCUUGAGCAGUCAGGAAUGACUAAAUUUAGUUCUGAAGAGUCACUAGAUGAUGAACUAGGCCUUACAACUUCAGUUCCAAGUAUAAAAGAGGUAUCUCCUGUCAUUGAAGAGACACCAAUCGGAUCUAUAAAAGAUAAAGUAAAGGCUCUCCAGAAGCGAGUUGAAGAAGAGCAAAAGGGACUGUCAAGCAUAUCAAGCAAAGCACCCUUGAAGGAUGUUGUUUCUGAGCCUACUAAGCAACAAAGUAUUGUACAUGUUAUUCAGACACCAGUCUCUCCAUCUUUUAAAACAGAGAGAAUGGAAGAAACCAUGUCUGUCCGUGACUUAAUGAAAGCCUUCCAGUCAGGGAAUGACCCAUCUAAGGAAAAAUCAGGGUUGUUUGAGCACAAGACGGUAAAAACAUCAGUGCAGAAACAAAUCUCAACAGAAAGCAAAUUGGUAGAAAGUGAUUUGAGAGAUAAAGUCCCUAUGGAUGUUCAUGUAAAGCAGCAAGUAGAUAAUUCAGUAAAAGAAAUAAGUUUUAGAUAUAAUGAAAGUGAGCAGCUAUGUGAAAUAGAUCAGAUAGAUAGUAUUAAGAUAAAGUCUAUUUCAGAUCAUAUAAAAGAAUACAAGGAACAUUGUACAUUGCCCACCAUUGCUACUAUCCAUGCAGUGGAUGAACCUGUGCAUGAAAUAAUUGAUAACUUAACCCCUAAAAAAAGGUCAGAUGUAAGAUUAAGAGUAAGCAUUAGUGACCAAGAUGCUGACCUACAAAUUAGCCCAGACAGAAAAACAUCCACAGACUUUUCUGAUGUUAUUAAAGAAGAGCUUGAAGACAAUGACAAAUAUUUGCAAUUUAAGCAUCUUCCAGAAUCCGAAGGUGCUCAGUUAAAUUUAGAUCAAGUAUUGAUUAGUCCCUUUAAUAUAUCAUUUCCUUCUGAAUAUGGUACAGAUGGACUUCUACCAGCUUUACAUUCACAGAGUGGUACAAAUGAUGAUAGCUCCGAUAGCCUUAAACAUGAAGGUGUUGCUGAUUCUCCAAGUGGCAGUUUAUUGGAAGGAACACCUCAGAUGAGCUCAGAGGAUAGUUGUAAACAUGAAGGACUAGCAGAGACCCCAGGGACAAGCCCUGAGAGCCUAUCAUUUUCACCUAAAAAGCCUGAUCCACAGGUUGAUGAACUAGUUGAAGACAGUAAUGAGGGAAAAGAUGACACACCGUCUGUUGCGAAAACUUCAUCACAUAGGAGUGAAAGCUUUCCUGAACAAGUAAUAGGUGAGAUUUUAAAAACACCAGAAGUUCUGAGUGCUGAAAAAUCUAUUGCAGUUGAGGAUCACACCAUAGAAAGUAAACAUUCUCCAGUAAAAGAUGAAGUUCAUGUUACUGUGAAAAGUCCUCAAGGACUAGAAUUAAUCCUGUCUAAAUACAAUAUCCAAGAUGAUGAUGCGUGUAGUCCAUUGGCAGAUGAAUCGGUAGCAAUUAGUCACAAGGAUUCAUUGGAAUCAAGCCCAGUGUUAGAAGACAACUCUUCACAUAAAACUCCUGAUUCUUUAGAACCAAGUCCAACUAAGGAAUCACCAUGUCGUGAUUCCCUUGAGAGCAGCCCAGUGGAGCAAAAAAUUAAAUCUAGCAUUCUCAUAGGUUCAGCCCUUCACACAAGCCUAAAAUCAGAUUUGACUGCAGAGUUGAUGCUACGCUCUAGAAUUCUGAGGGAUCCAGAUGGAAGUGCUGAAGAUGAUAGCAUAGAACAGACAUCACUUAUGGAAAGCUCAGGGAAGAGUCCACUUUCUCCAGACACUCCCAGUUCUGAGGAAAUAAGUUACGAGGUUACACCCAAAACCCAAGAUUUUCAUGUAUUCUCAGGUCAUCCAAAGCCAGGUGUAAUUCCAGAAGUUUCAGAGGAACCAGAAGAAGAUUCUGAAAAUGAGCCAAAAAAAAGAUUUACACCUGAAGAAGAAAUGUUCAAAAUGGUAACAAAGAUCAAAAUGUUUGAUGAACUUGAGCAAGAAGCAAAGCAAAAAAGAGAGUACAAGAAAGAGUCCAGACAAGAAGAAUGUACUACAGUAAGUGACUCAAACAUCUCAAAUAGAGAAGACCUUGAUGAGAUUGGUAUACAAUUAGUGCAGGAUGAAGAUGUACAAAUUGUAGUAAUGUCUGUAGAAAGUAGAAAAAGUUCUUCCUCUUCAGAAAGUGAACCCGAGUUAACCCAGCUCAAAAAAGGAGCUGAUUCUGGUCUAUUGUUGGAUCCCGUAAUUAGAGUUCAGCCUCCAUCCCCACUUCCUCCAAGCUUAGAUUCUAGUUCAAGCCCUGAAGAAACAUCUUUUCAACCAAUUAUCCUUGCACAGGAUUCAUUCAAGACAGAAGAAAGCCAACGAGUCGAUGCUAACAGCCAAAAUAUUAAACAUGGGGAACACAGGAGGUAUGGAAGUACAAACUCUCCAGAAGAUGAAAUUAUGCCUAUUCAAUCUGAAAGGAGAGAUAUUUCUGCACCCUCACCUUUGAGAUCUGAUGUUAGUGAACCAGUGAGCCCUAGUGGGCCAGAAACACACUCAGAUGUCAGCAAUUUAAUUAAAGAUCCAGAAGUGGCAACCAAAGGAGACAGAGACCCUGGAUCUAAAGCAAUUUAUGGUUCAUCUUUCAGUGAAGAAACUACUGAUGAACAUUAUACCACUCAGUGCCUAGAACAUAUAUCAUAUGAAAAUGAAAAGUUUGAAAUACAAAGUGACAGAUCUGAAAUAUCACCAGUGAAUGUCAUCAUCAGUGAUCAUGCAUUUAAUUUAUCAAAGAUUUUAUUUCAUAGUGAUAACUGUCCAACAUCAUCUACAGACUCACAAAAAGAGGCUAUAGAUAUUGAAAGCAUUGCAUAUGUUCCUGAGAUAACAAGUCCAUAUGAAAAUGUCCCUAUAGACACUUUUUUUACCAGUCAUAAUAUAGCUGUAGAACUGGCAGAUGAACAGAGUAAGGUUGAAAGAUGUGUGUCUCUGGGAUCAAAAAUUGGACAACAUGAAGAAAGUGCUCAACAGGACAAAGACCUGCUAAGGAGCCCCUCAAGCAAUGAUGAAUGUUUUCUAAAAGAUGCCUUAAAUAAAACUGCAGAUAAUCAAUGUGAGAACAUUAUCAUAACUAAAUCUGAUGCUGAACCUGACUCAUGGAGUUCUAUUAGAGAGGAUGAUGCAGCUUUUGAAGCACGAGUAAAAGAAGAAGAACAAAAAAUAUUUGGAUUGAUGGUAGACAAACAAUCACAGGGCACAACUCCUGAUAGCACUCCUGCACGUACACCGACUGAAGAAGGUACACCAACCAGUGAACAGAAUCCCUUUAUGUUUCAGGAAGGGAAGCUCUUUGAGAUGACUCGUAGUGGAGCUAUUGAUAUGACCAAAAGAAGCUAUGCAGAUGAAAGUUUUCACUUUUUCCAAAUUGGCCAGGAGUGUGGUGAAAGUUUGCCAGAAGAAAUCAAAGAAGAAAGCGGAGAAGACGAAUCACCGAUUCCUGAGAAUUUAUCUGAUCCUUUCUCUUCUGCAGAAACUGAUGUACCAGGGAGUGUUUUAGAAGAUGCAGCAGAAUCUUUAUUUGAUACCCAGUCAAUUUCUGACUUCGAUAUGGAUGCUGCCAUUGAUGUAGAUGCAGAAGUCACAAAAACAGAACAAAAGUCAAGAAUACCAAUUAAAAUGGGCAUUUCUGCAUCUUCCAAAAUAUCUAAAAAUGAUUCUUAUGAGAAUUCUGCAACAGAAGAACUGUCCUCAAAAGUAUCAAGAUCUCAAGAAGAACUUGACAGUACAGUGGAUUCUUGGUUACCAUCUCCAGAGCACUCUGUAGUUGAAAUGCAAAUAGAUUUGAAUACUCAUGCUAAAUUAGAGUCUUUAGGGCGAGAAGAAUCACCAGAUUCUUCACCAGAAGAACAGAAGUCAGUAAUUGAAAUCCCUACAGCAGACAUGGAAAGUGGUUCUUCUUUUGUAUCAAAGUCCAAAAUUCCUAUAAGGUCUACUUCUUCAGUGUCUGAAGAACAUCCUCAAUUAAUUCCUGUUAGUACUCAAGACAGAUUAUCAACAGAUGGCCUUAGUCUUAUGGAUGAUCAAAAACCAAAGUCCAAGAUCCCUAUUAAGGCAACCAUACCUAAAUCUGAGCAAUUUUUAACUUCAACAGAACUGAAAAUAUCAGUCACAAGCAGCAAACUACCUGGGAAACAGGAUGCCAGGAGCAAAUCUGAGUCUGAUGCCAGUAUAUCAGAAUCCAAAAUCAAAACCUCUACUAAAACACGAAGUUAUACAGAAUCUUAUUGUGAGCGCUCUGAAAGACCAAGUCAGAUAGUUGAGGAAGAAAAUAUUGAGGUAACUAAGCCAAAAUCCUAUUCUUCAAAACUUCCAACAAUGAAAAAGUGUUUAUCAUCCUCCCAAACAGCAACAACUGAACAGGAACAAUUCUUUGAAAUGUACAAAAAUUCUAUUGAUUUUUUUGAAGAAAUUAGUGAUGAAGCUUCAAAACUGGUAGACAGACUUACCCAAGCUGAAAAGGAACAAGAACCAGUGUCUGAUGAUGAGAGUAGUGCCUUCGAAAUUUCAGUAAUUGAAAAUGUUCCAGUGGUUGAAACUCAGCAAUUUGCUCCAGAAGACAUCUUCGAUACAAGACCAAUAUGGGAUGAGUCAAUUGAAACGCAAAUUGAGCGCAUUCUAGAUGACCAUAGCCAUGACAAUAGACAAGGUCUUGAGGAAGAUCAAGAGAGGACAGAGCAACGACUUGCUUAUAUUGCUGACCAUCUGGGCUUUAGCUGGACAGAAUUAGCCAGAGAGCUGGAUUUCACGGAAGAGCAAAUUCACCAAAUACGCAUUGAAAAUCCAAAUUCCUUACAGGAUCAGAGCCAUGCUUUGCUGAAAUAUUGGCUGGAUAGAGAUGGAAAGCAAGCGACAGAUACCAGCCUAAACCAGUGCCUCACCAAGAUUAACCGAAUGGAUAUCGUUCAUCUUAUGGAAACCUGUAUCAAAGAGCCUAUGCUACACCAUGCCAACCGCACAUAUGCUGAUAUAGAGCAAACAAUUACCCUGGACCACAGUGAAGGUUUUUCUGCUCUUCAGGAUGAAUUCUGUAGCCCACAGAAGAAGACCAUGGUUAUUCAUUCAGACUCUCGAGGUACCGAGAGAGGUGAACACCCUCCUCUAGUGUCUGAGGAGGACGUUUCAAUCCAUGACAAUGCAAAGGAGGACAAGUCUGUUGCAGAAAUUAUCCGACAGCUGCAAAAGGAAAAAGUGGAAUUUGAGUUCUCAGUGGAAUCACAGGGAUUAUCAAGGGCCUUAUCUUCUGAACAAGAAUAUCUUGUUACAUCUCCUGAUUUAGAAAACAAAUUGCCAGAGGCAACAGACAACUCGCUGUGCUGCAAGGAAAUCCCCCAGUCUCCUCAGGAGACUUAUGUAGAGCUUGGCAGGUCUUGCACUGAGACUCCUGUGUCUGAUCAUCAUAGUGACUCUCCCAUUGUGCAAGAACCAGAUGACUUAUCAGAGCAAGAAGACCGUGGUGCAACCAGAAAUGACCUCUUCAUAGUGGAAUCAUCGGAUGAGCAUGCAGACAAACUGGAAAAUGUUUCUGAAUACAAGUCAUUUGACUCAUUUGAAAAGGAGCUAGCAGAGGAGCUAGGUGAGCUAGAGGCCAACUCAGAUGAGGACGAGAUGGUAACUACCAGGGUCGUUCGUCGACGUGUGAUUAUUCAGGCAGACAAUAUGCCUGACAUCCUCCCUGAGACAGUGACUGAAGAGCAGUACACAGAUGAGCAUGGCCACAUUGUGGUAAAAAAGGUCACUCGGAAAAUUAUUAGAAGAUUUGUUUUACCUGAUGGCACAGAGAGAGAAGAGGUGGUGGCACAGGGCAGUGCCCAGGAUCCAUUUGCUGUAGAAGAGGGCGACUCUGUAUCUAAAGUCCUCAAACGCACCGUACUCCAGAGCGACAGUGAACAGACUGAGAUCUCAUUCUCUGAGCCCCAAGUUUUAUCAUCAGUAUUCGAAGCCGAGCCCGUGAAAGGACGUAAGGUCAGCAAAGUGGUGAAGAAAACCAUGGUCCAUGGUGAGAGAACAGAAAAGUAUCUUGGAGACCCUAGUUUAGCUUCUGACCUUCCAUCAGCCAAGGAUGACUUUGAACAGGCUCUAAGCUAUGUGGGUGGAGAUGUGAGCAUUCAUCUGCCCAAUUUAGUGGAAACACAGAUUACCAAAGAGGAUGGAUCUGUUCUAAAAAGGACAAAGAUGAAUAAAACUAAGACACAAAAGAGGACUGUGGUGAAGGACCAGCAUGGGAAACAUGUUUUUGUUGAGCAGCUGGAGGAUGUCCCAGAAGUGCUACACAAGGAUGAACUCCAGACUGACCUUCAGCAACUACUCAACCGCUUCUGUGUAGAAGACUGGGAGAAAGCGGCCAAAUGAGAUGCUACGGCAUCAUAAUCACAACACAUAUCUGUAGUCAGUAUGCAAAAUAUACAUUCUCUUCCACGCACAAGGUCCAUGAGUAACAUAUGCACUGGGUGACACUGGUGCUCCUGUUCUGCAAAUGUCAUAAACAAAAUGAUCAGCUUUGUGUGUCUGUUUGUAAAUGCAAGGAUAAUUUGCGACCAAAGAUAGCAUCCUUUUGGAUGGUAUAUCCAUUUUAUUAUGACUUUUUAUUUUAAAUGAAUUCAGUUUGUUCUCCUACAUGUCGGCUUCGUCCACAGACCUCUUCAUAGUCUCUAUAAAAGCAUCUUUAAAAUGGAUGGACUAUGCCGUGUUCCGUACCAAACUGAAUGUGCUUGGAUGCGAAGACUUCAGAAGCUACUGCUGGCCUUGACUAUCCAUCGUUUAGUAGAAAGCUUCAUAGUGAAUGAUAGCGACUGUUCAGAGACUUGAUAAUGCUUGAGGCAUUUAGAACAGGAUUCAAAGAUGUGAUUGGCCACCAGGUUACUCUAGUGUCUAUCAACUGUUCUAAAUCAUCUAUACUAAGCUGAGAUUUAAUGAAGGUACAAAAUGCAAAGAAAUACUGUAGGUAACCUAGUUAUUAUCUGCUUAUAAAAAUGCCUAAUGACUUAUUCAGAUAUUCUAAACUGGACACAUGGUAGGGCCCACACCUACACUACUGCAGAUUUUUGUUCACAUCAAUACUAUAGCAGAUCACAUUGUCUUAUAACUAGUGGAAGUGUCUGCUAGUCACGACACUGUACAUACUGUAAUGGGAGAGGUAUUUCCCCAGUUAAAGGAAAAAAAAUGCCGAAAAAAUAAAUAGUCACCGUGUUUAUCAGGAUUUUUUUAUGGCACAUGCAUGUGGCAUUAAAUGAAAAUGAAAUUAAACUCCUGUAAUCAUGUGUGGAACUUGUUUAACCCUCUUAGCACUGAGCAAGCAGUUUUCACAAAUGUGUCCUCUUCUAUUUCUGUAUUUUAUUUUUAUGUCAAAAGCUAAAGACACAAAGCAGGUUUCCGUUCUAUUUUUUAUGUUUUUACGUCGGAACUAAUCCUUGGAGAUGAUUAUAGCAUUUAUGCACUUUUUUUUUUAAAGAAGGGAUUAUAAAAAAAAGGAAAUAUUUUUUGUCUUCUGUACCUUAUUCUUCUUGUGGUUAAAACAUAGUAGCCUUUUAACGUACAAAUAUAUAUAUAUAUAUAUAAAUACAUAUGCGCACUAUACAUUUUAAACCCGUUUAUUUAAUGUAAGUAUAGAUUGGGAAUCAAACAAAAAUAACCAAACAUUGCAUUAAUCUAGAAGUUGCUAAUUUAUAAAUAAUAAAAAAAAGAAAAAAAAAGAAUGACAAACAAAUUAGGCCUUUGCUCUUAAGGAUUUAGGGGGGAAAGGACCCACCGAGAGAGUUGAAUGUCAGUUGUAAAUUAAUAGGAUUUCAUUAAAUCCCUUGUAAAAGAAACAAGUCUAAAGAGUGCUUUGGUUUAAUUAAUGAAAAGACCUACUGUGUAGCUUCAUUUUAUUUUUGGCAGGAACAUUGUUAAAUUCCUAUCUCAGUAAGCACGUUAGGUCAUUUACCACGGAAUCUGGAAGCUGGAGUCAUGCGGCUACCAUUAUUUGGGACAGCCAUGUCCAUUGUUUGACCAAGUUUGAAGAAAAAAUUAUGUUGUGCUGUUUGCGGUGCAGAUGAUGUAUGUGUAACUGCAUAAAUAGUUCAUCACUUUUAUGGUUCUGAUACCUUUUUUUUUUUUUUUUCUGCUCUGGUAUAAAGGAAACAAACACUACUGUGAGAAGUGUCAUUUAAGUUGAUGAUUCAGCAUAUUGUUCCCAUGGUGAUAACACUAAUUUAAUAUAUCUAUGAGGGCAUGUGUUAAAAUGGCAAAAAAUAAAUCACACUAACAAUACAUAGCUGCAAUGUGUACAAUGGCUGAUUUAAUUAAAUAAAGUGUUCAAUGUACAAACAA